CUUACUAACAGUUAAUAAAUUCUCCAUAUAUCUCUCUCACACUUACAGUCUUUCUCUCUCUAAAAUCUAAACCAUGCCUGUUCUCACAAGACGCAUGAAAUGGAGAACAACCAUUUCAGAAACUGAUCCAACUUCACAAAUUUCUCCCAUAAUCCAAUCCAUUUCUUGCAAAUCCACAAUCUGCACCCUCUUUUCCACUAUCUCCAACAAUGAAACCACACAUGACAGUAACAAAAACAAGACAAAAAACAACAAGAAAAACAGCAACAAUGUUAAUAACACCAGUACAAAGUUUUCUGCAGCAUCGACCCUCAGAGGACUCGGUUGCACCGCCGGUGCAUCGCAACAGGUGUCUGUACCGGCGGUGAUUCGGUCCUCUGAAGAUUGGCAGAAGAAUAGAAAAAAGAAGAAAACAAGGAACAGUAACAGUAACAUUAACAGAAACAAAACAUGUCAUGGUGUUGUUGUUGUUGAUGAUGAUGUUCCUUUUCAGGAAGUUUGGUGUGGACCUGGAAUUGGGUUCUCAUCUGAUGCUGCUGUUGUUUCUGUUUCUGAAGAUAGUGUUGUGACAACAAGAAAGAAUGUUUCUUCAAGAGGAAAACUUGAUAAUGGGGAAAGAAUAUUACAUAGAGAGCGUUCUUCUUAUUUUGGAAGACACAGUUUAAAUCAAGAAACUUUAUCAUAUUUGAAUGAUGAUGAUGAUAAUUCUGAUGUUUUCACAACACGUCAUGGAUUAGAGUCUUUUGGUAAUGGUAGAUUCUAUCGAAAUUCCGAGAUAAUGAUAAUUCAAGGAAAACGAUUCAUGGGAGGACGAAUGAACUCGCGCGACCAAUUUAGAGAUUGGAGACUCGAUGUUGAUAAUAUGUCGUACGAGCAAUUGCUUGAGCUCGGAGAAAGAAUCGGCUAUGUGAAAACUGGACUUAAAGAAGAUGAGAUGAGACAUAACAUAAAGAAAAUUAAGGUUUUGGUUUCGAAUGAUAUAUCAAAGAAUCAAAUAGACAAAAAGUGCACCAUUUGUCAAGAAGAAUAUGAAUUAGAUGAUGAAUUGGGGAUGUUAAAUUGUGAACACUGCUAUCACUUUCAGUGUAUAAAACAAUGGCUUGUGCAUAAAAAUUUCUGUCCGAUUUGUAAGCAAGAAGUCGCGGUUCGACAUUGACUCUAGUGGCGCGAAUCCAUUGUUUAUUUUCUUUUGAAAUUGAUGUAUAUAGUUUUUCAUAUGCAAUCUUUUAUUAAAUCUUUUGAAACCUUUGGUUUUAUAGUGAAGAAUUGAAACACAUGUGUUAUAUUUGGUAAUGAUCUUGCUUGUGAGAAAA